AUGGCUACGGCUACAAAGGAUAAAGGGAAGCCGGUACACUGGGGUGUAACUGAAAACGCAUCCAGUUCGGCACACAGCAACCAAAACAACAACAACAACAACAACAAUAACAACAAAGACAGCGAAGGAAGUGAAGGAACAACGACAUCCACGUCUGCACACAUCGACAGGAGCGGCACAGAGAGCAGUGUAACGGGGAACGGCGCUGGGGUCACCGCCACAGGAGGCGCGAACGGGAAAUGGGUCCGGCUCAAUGUCGGCGGUACCGUGUUCCUAACGACGCGCCAGACACUGCUCAAAGAGCAAACAUCCUUCCUGUACCGACUGUGCCAGCAGCAGGACCUGCACUCUGACACGGAUGAAACAGGUGCCUACGUGAUCGACAGAGACCCCACAUACUUCGGCCCUAUACUCAACUACCUCCGACAUGGGAAACUGGUUUAUAACAAGGAACUGGCUGAAGAAGGUGUCUUGGAAGAGGCAGAGUUUUAUAACAUCACUCCAUUGAUUAAACUAAUUAAAGAGAGGAUUCUUGAACGAGAUUGUAAGGCCUCUCAGCAGGUACCUCCAAAGCAUGUCUACCGGGUGUUGCAGUGUCAGGAGGAAGAGCUGACACAGAUGGUUUCCACAAUGUCGGACGGCUGGAAGUUUGAGCAGAUGGUGAAUAUUGGCUCAUCUUACAGCUAUGGUACAGAGGACCAGGCUGAGUUCCUCUGUGUUGUGUCCAAAGAGCUGCACACAUCUGGUGGGGGCCUGGGGACUGAGCAGAGCCAUAAGAAUAAGGCCUCAGAGACUCAGGUGGAAGAAGGAGAAAAGGAGGAGCAGGAAGAGGAAGAUGAGAAAGAAAGAAAUACCACCCCAAAUGAGUGGAUUUAGAGAUUAGGAGACUUGUGUCAUUGUUCCGAUCGCAGGAAUGGGUGAGGAUACCAAAUGCUAGGUGUCUGUUGGUGGUAGCAGUAGAAAUUCUGACCUGUACCAAGAGGAUGAUAGGGUAUUUUAUUUCAUUGCAUCAGAACUUUAUACUCGUAAAAAAAAAAAAUGUAAAAAAAAAACUAUAAAAAGUGCAACAAGCUAACCACAGAGAUACUGUGUAAUGUUUGGUUAAUAAGCUUAUGUGCAUUCUACAAUGAACAGACUGUAUAGAAGUGGUUUCAUAAUAACUUUUACUAUAAUUCCUAUCCCCUAACUGCUAUACUGUAUACAGUAUGUACAGUCAGCUACAGGAUUGUUCAUAAAAAGUUAUGAAAAAUUGUAGUUAUUUGUGCUGCUACAUUAAUCACACACUGAAAAUAUGAGAGAAAUCUAUUGGGUGUGAGGCAGGAAUACACCCUAGAUGGUAUGCCAGUCCAUCGCAGGGCACCAUGCAUACACACAUUCACACACUCAUUCACACCUAGGAGCAAUUUAUCUUCACCUACUGAAGAUAUUAAAGAACUUUUGGGUGGAGGGGGAAACCUGGAGGAAACCUACACAGACAUGCGGAGAAGUUCUCUUGAAUGUUUAAUUAUUUUAUUAAUGGAAAGUCAGUUAAUAUAAGAACAGAAUAAAAGGUUUAACCAUAGGUCAUGAAGUAGCAAUGAAUUCAAUUCAAUUUGAAUUUUCAGUUGGGAAUUGGUGGGAAUUAGAAUAGGUAGGAAUUGGUGUCAUUCACUUUCUUUAAUACAAAUAUAAUAAGAAGGGUGCAAUGAAAUGGAAUAGUCUAGACAGCCUCCAUUAGAAACGCCUAAGCAUGCUUGCACACACAAUAUAAUGGGCACACACAUAAAAAUUUCUAUAUAUAUUUAAUUCUUUGGUGGUAUUAUUAUUAUUAUUAUUAAUAUUAUGAUGUGUUUCUAUUUACAUCUCUCUACUUUUUAAGCAAAAGCAGCAUUUUCAGGUACACUGUACUUUAGGCAUACUGACAUGGGUGGAGCGUUAAUGUAAUAUGAACAUGAAAUUUGUCAGACAGAAUCCUAGCUCCAUAAAUUGUCAUUUAGUCAUUGUCAUCUUCACCUGCAUCUCCAUCUAAAGAAACAUUUUUUUUAAUAUUCGAACACUUAUUCAGCUGUUAUUAUUAUAAAGUUAAAGCACGUUCAGUUAAUAUUGUAAAGUCCCAGAUGUUUAUUCUCAUUAUAUUUUUUAUUUACCAUUUUGCAGCUUUUCCAGAUUCAUGGAUCCCGGAUGUAGAGUAUACACAUUUUUUUGUAUUGCCAUAAUUAUUUUUUUUUAAAUACUAAAAUUGUCCCUCUCAGAGAUCAGUGUAAAAACCAGCAGCUGAAAGAUAAUCAAAGUAUGGAACUGUGUGUGAAGCAUGUGUAGAAGUAAGUGUGCUGUAGCGGGAGAAAAUAUUACUGUUUAAGCAACAGAAGUUAAUAGAUCUUACUAACCUGUGAUCAAAUGGCAACCAAUUGGUAUAACUCAUAUCAAUUAACUUUAGUGUAAUGAAAACAGGGAUAAAAAAUAAAUAAAUCCUGGACCAUGAUUCAGCAUUUCACUAGAAUAUUUAACUCCUACCAUAACCUUAUAUCAGCGACGUCUUGACAAUAUUAUAAAAUCCAAAAGAAUUUGUAUUUUUGUGUGAAAAUGGCUGUGAAAAUGGCUGUGAAUGUAAAUGCAGGCACGUAGCCUGAGCACUAUUUAAUGAGCAUAACACAGUGCGACUGGGAUACUGUACUGCUCCAAUGUUGCGGUUGGUUUGUCUACAAUUACAAUCAUAUAAUGUGAUACUUACAAAAGGGUCUGAUGCUACUGUUUAUUACAUUAUGUUAUUACAUUAUGUACAUUACUGUUAUGACAUUAUGUUAUGCAAUUCUGUCUUGCAUUUAUUAUGAUCCUAAAAGAGCUUUCUAUAUUUGGGUCCUAUAAACCCUUGUUUACAAUGUCUUGUAACUGAGACAUUGUACAAUAUAUCAGUUAAACAAGAAAUUCAGUUAUUUUAAAAACAACAAGCCCCAAAAUCAGCACAAAAUCAAAAUUAAGUACUUUCUGCCUCCCUCAUUGAUUUAUUGAAGAAGGUAGUUUGUUGUUGUUGUUGUUGUUGUUUUUUACAUAUUGUGGUCUGCUGUAACUGAGCAUAUUCAUACUAAAUUUUUAUUAUUUUUUUUACAGACAAGGUUGAGAGAAACUUAAGUAUGUAAAGUGAGAAGUCUGUAGUUUGACCAUUAAAAGAUCAUUUUUAAUCACUUGUGUAUACUGUUACAAUGGCACACUUUCAUCCUCAUCCUUUAGCCAGGAGGCAUUUAUAAUCAUAAUCAUGUCAUAGGCCAGGGAAUUAGUUUUGUAUGAUGUACUUAGUAUAGAAUGUUAAGUCUUUUGUAUCCCAACACAGUUUUUAAAAGAAUGCAUACAUCAUAAUGCUUUGAUAUGGUAUUUUCUUUCUUUAAUCCAGUGUAGUUUAUUUAUUUUUCUCUUAAAAUGUUUUAUGCAUUAUUAAUUUAUUCAUCUUAAAUGUAUAAUUUAAAACUAAAGCAAGUCCUACACACUGUACAUGCAUUUGAGGUGACAAUCUUGUUUCUCAUGCACACGUUUUCUUUCACCUUCAUGAUAGACAAUUUUUUUUUUACAGAAAAUGUUGGAUACAUACACCAUCAGGUGUGGAUCAUUUCCAAUCACAUUUUUUUUGUUUAUAUAUUGAUUAUUUUGGUAAAAUGUAUAAUUUUGAGUGCUGAAUAUUAAUUUAUAUGAUUGUUGUCUAUGGUCUUUGUAAGUGAUAAUCAGUAAAGGACACUGGAAAUAACCCCAGUUUCCAGACACUUUAAUAGGAACGCCUGGACACAUGCUCAUUCCUGCAAUUUUCCAAACAGCCAAUCAUGUUGCAGCAGGGCACUGCAUAAAAUCAUGCAAAUACAGGUCUA